GCGGGCGCUGGCGAGCUGCGCGGCGGGAGCGGGGCCGGCAGGGCGCUGAGGAGCUGGCGGCGCGGGGCGGCCGAGCCGGCCCCGCCAUGGGCUUCCUGCACCAGCUGCAGCUGCUGCUCUGGAAGAACGUGACGCUGAAGCGUCGCAGCCCGUGGGUCCUGGCCUUCGAGAUCUUCAUCCCUCUAGUACUCUUCUUCAUCCUGCUGGGCCUCCGGCAGAAGAAACCCACCAUCUCAGUGAAGGAAGCCUUCUACACAGCCUCACCCCUCACCUCCGCGGGCAUCCUGCCCGUCAUGCAGUCACUGUGCCCAGACGGACAGCGGGACGAGUUUGGCUUCCUGCAGUAUGCCAACUCCACGGUCACUCAGCUUCUGGAGCGCCUCAACCGUGUAGUGGAAGAUGGCAACCUGUUUGACCCAGCUCGGCCCAGCUUGGGAUCAGAACUCGAGGCCCUACGCCACCACCUGGAGGCCCUCAGUGCAGACCCGGACCCAUGGGAUAGUCGCCAGCGUGUGCCCACAGUGUCUUCCUUCUCCCUGGACUCGGUGGCCCAGGACCCACGGGAGCUCUGGCGUUUCCUGACGCAGAAUCUCUCGCUGCCCAACAGCACAGCCCAGGCCCUUAUGACUGCCCAGGUGGACCUGCCUGAGGUCUAUCGCCUAGUUUUUGGCCCUUUACCUGCUCUGGAUGCAAUAUCAGGCCUGCCCAGGUCCCAGGGUCCCUGGAGUCACCUGGGUAGCAGCCCCCUACUCCGGAUGGAGGAACUUCUAUUGGCACCUGCCUUCCUGGAGCAGCUGACCUGCACUCCAGGUUCCAGAGAGCUGGGCCGGAUCCUCACUGUGCCAAGGGGCCAGCAGAUGGCGCUGGAAAGCUACCGGGAUGCUGUGUGCAGUGGGCAGGCUGCAUCCCGAGCCCGGCACUUUUCUGAGCUGGCCAGUGAGCUCCGGAACCAGCUGGACAUGUCCAAGAUCGCCCAGCAGCUGGGCCUGAACGCAGCCCCCAAUGGUUCAGUGCCCCCACAGCAGCCACCCCCACCCCGGCGGCUACAGGCACUACUGGAGGACCUACUGGAUGCUCAGAAGGUUUUGCAGGAUGUGGAUGUUCUCUCAGCCCUGGCCCUGCUGCUGCCUCAGGGGGCCUGUGCCGGCAGGACUCCUGGAUCCCCUGCUGGAGGUCCCGGCAGGGCUGCCAAUGGCACUGGGACAGCGGGUACUGGCCCCAAUGCCACAGUGGAAGAGGGAGCAGCAUCCUCUGCUGCCCCCACCUCUUCAGACGUGCUGCAGGGCCAGUGCUCAGCCUUCGUGCAGCUCUGGGCAGGCCUGCAGCCCAUCCUGUGCGGCAACAACCGCACCAUCGAGCCAGAGGCACUGAAACGAGGCAACAUGAGCUCCCUAGGGUUCACAAGCAAGGAACAGCGGAACCUGGGCCUUCUUGUGCACCUCAUGACCAGCAACCCUAAGAUCCUGUAUGCCCCUGCUGGCUCAGAGGUUGACCGUGUCAUCCUUAAGGCCAACGAGACCUUUGCCUUUGUAGGCAAUGUCACACACUACGCCCAGGUCUGGCUCAAUACCUCGGCUGAGAUCCGCGGCUUCCUGGAGCAGGGCCGGUUGCAGCAGCACCUUCACUGGCUGCAGCAGUACGUAGCAGAGCUGCGACUCCACCCCGAAGCACUGAACCUAUCUCUGGAAGAGCUGCCACCUGCCCUGCGCCAAGACAACUUCACAUUGCCCAAUGGCUCGGUCCUCUUGCAGCAGCUGGACACCAUUGACAAUGCGGCCUGCGGCUGGAUCCAGUUUAUGUCCAAGGUGAGCGUAGACAUCUUCAAGGGUUUUCCUGAUGAGGAGAGCAUCGUCAACUACACACUCAACCAGGCCUACCAGGACAACGUCACUGUGUUCGCCAGUGUGAUUUUCCAGACCAGGAAAGAUGGCUCCCUACCACCACAUGUCCACUAUAAGAUCCGCCAGAACUCCAGCUUCACUGAAAAAACCAAUGAGAUUCGCCGGGCCUACUGGCGGCCAGGACCCAACACUGGUGGCCGUUUCUACUUCCUGUAUGGCUUUGUCUGGAUCCAGGACAUGAUGGAGCGCGCCAUCAUCAACACCUUUGUGGGCCACGACGUUGUAGAGCCGGGCAACUAUGUGCAGAUGUUCCCUUAUCCCUGCUACACACGCGAUGACUUCCUGUUUGUCAUCGAGCACAUGAUGCCCCUCUGCAUGGUGAUUUCCUGGGUCUACUCCGUGGCCAUGACCAUCCAGCACAUUGUGGCCGAAAAGGAGCAUCGGCUCAAGGAGGUGAUGAAGACCAUGGGCCUGAAUAAUGCGGUACACUGGGUGGCCUGGUUCAUCACGGGCUUCGUGCAACUGUCCAUUUCGGUGACGGCACUUACUGCCAUCCUCAAGUAUGGCCAGGUCCUCAUGCACAGCCAUGUGCUCAUCAUUUGGCUCUUCCUGGCUGUCUACGCCGUGGCUACCAUCAUGUUCUGCUUUUUGGUGUCCGUGCUGUACUCCAAGGCAAAGCUGGCCUCAGCCUGUGGUGGCAUCAUCUACUUCCUGAGCUACGUGCCUUACAUGUAUGUGGCAAUCCGAGAGGAGGUGGCCCAUGACAAGAUUACGGCCUUCGAGAAAUGCAUUGCGUCCCUGAUGUCCACCACUGCCUUUGGCCUGGGCUCCAAGUACUUUGCACUGUAUGAGGUGGCAGGCGUGGGCAUUCAGUGGCACACCUUCAGCCAGUCGCCAGUGGAGGGGGAUGACUUCAAUCUGCUGCUGGCAGUCACCAUGCUGAUGGUGGAUACAGUCGUGUACGGCGUGCUCACAUGGUACAUCGAAGCUGUACACCCAGGCAUGUAUGGGCUGCCGCGGCCCUGGUACUUCCCGCUGCAAAAGUCCUACUGGCUGGGCAGUGGACGGAUAGAGGCCUGGGAGUGGAGCUGGCCAUGGGCUCGCACCCCUCGCCUCAGUGUCAUGGAGGAGGACCAGGCCUGUGCCAUGGAGAGCCGGCGCUUGGAGGAGACACGUGGCAUGGAGGAGGAGCCCACCCACCUGCCACUGGUGGUCUGUGUGGACAAACUCACCAAAGUCUACAAGAACGACAAGAAGCUGGCCUUGAACAAGCUAAGCCUGAAUCUCUAUGAGAAUCAAGUGGUCUCUUUUCUAGGCCACAACGGGGCAGGCAAGACCACUACCAUGUCUAUCCUGACCGGUUUGUUCCCACCCACAUCGGGCUCGGCCACCAUCUAUGGGCAUGACAUCCGCACAGAGAUGGACGAGAUCCGAAAGAAUCUGGGCAUGUGCCCACAGCACAACGUGCUCUUUGACCGGCUCACAGUGGAAGAGCACCUGUGGUUCUAUUCGCGACUCAAGAGCAUGGCACAGGAGGAGAUUCGCAAGGAGAUGGACAAGAUGAUUGAGGACCUGGAGCUCUCCAACAAGCGGCACUCCUUGGUGCAGACACUUUCAGGUGGCAUGAAGCGCAAGCUGUCGGUGGCCAUCGCCUUUGUGGGUGGCUCCCGUGCCAUCAUCCUGGACGAGCCCACAGCAGGGGUGGACCCCUAUGCACGGCGGGCCAUCUGGGACCUCAUCCUGAAGUACAAGCCUGGCCGCACUAUCCUCCUGUCCACCCAUCACAUGGAUGAGGCUGACCUGCUUGGCGACCGAAUCGCCAUCAUCUCCCACGGGAAGCUCAAGUGCUGUGGCUCUCCGCUCUUCCUCAAGGGUGCUUAUGGAGACGGCUACCGCCUCACAUUGGUCAAGCAGCCUGCUGAGCCCGGGGGCUCCCAAGAGGCAGGAUUGUCCAGCCCAUCUGGCCGGGCCCAGCUGAGCAGCUGCUCUGAGCCCCAAGUUUCCCAGUUCAUCCGCAAACAUGUGGCCUCCUGCCUGCUGGUCUCUGACACCAGCACGGAGCUUUCCUACAUUCUGCCCAGUGAGGCUGCCAAGAAGGGGGCCUUCGAACGACUAUUCCAGCAACUGGAGUGCAGUCUCAAUGCACUGCACCUGAGUAGCUUCGGGCUGAUGGACACAACCUUGGAGGAGGUAUUCCUGAAGGUGUCAGAGGAGGACCAGUCUCUGGAGAACAGCGAGGCUGACAUGAAAGAGUCCCGGAAAGAUGUACUGCCUGGAACGGAGGGCCUGGUGGCAGGAGAAGCUCCAGCUGGCAACCUGGUCCGGUGCGCAGAGCUGACCCAGUCACAGGCAUCCCUGCAGUCUGUGUCCUCGGUUGGCUCUGCCCGUGGUGAUGAGGGAGCUGGCUAUUCUGAAGUCUACGGUGACUAUCACCCUCUUUUUGACAAUCUCCAGGACCCUGACAACGUCAGCCUGCAAGAGGCUGAGGCAGAGGCCCUCAUGCAAGUGGGCCAGGGCAGCCGAAAGCUGGAGGGCUGGUGGCUGAAGGUACGCCAGUUCCACGGGCUCCUGGUAAAGCGCUUCCACUGUGCCCGCCGAAACUCCAAGGCCCUGUCCUCCCAGAUCCUGCUGCCUGCCUUCUUCGUCUGUGUGGCCAUGACCGUGGCCCUUUCUGUCCCUGAGAUUGGUGAUCUGCCCCCGUUGGUCUUGUCACCAUCCCAGUACCACAACUACACCCAGCCUCGAGGCAACUUCAUCCCCUAUGCCAAUGAGGAGCGGCGGGAGGACCGGUUGCGGUUGUCCCCGGAUGCCAGCCCCCAGCAGCUGGUGAGCACAUUCCGCCUGCCAUCAGGCGUGGGUGCUACCUGCGUGCUAAAGUUCCCGGCCAAUGGCUCCCUGGGUCCUACGCUGAACCUGAGCAGUGGUGAGUCCCGGGUGCUGGCCGCUCGCUUCUUCGACAGCAUGUGCUUGGAGUCCUUCACACAGGGGCUGCCACUCUCCAACUUUGUGCCACCGCCACCCUCACCUGCCCCGUCCGACUCCCCCAUGUCCCCUGAUGAGGACCUGCUGCAGGCCUGGAACUCCUCGCUGCCCCCCACUGCCGGGCCAGAGAACUGGACAUCAGCACCCUCCCUGCCCCGCCUGAUCCGGGAGCCUGUCCGCUGCACCUGCUCCACCCAGGGCACUGGCUUCUUUUGCCCUGGGGGUGUGGGAGGGCAUCCACCCCAGAUGCGGGUGGUUACAGGUGACAUCCUGACUGACAUCACUGGUCACAAUGUGUCUGAGUACCUUCUCUUCACCUCUGACCGCUUCCGGCUGCACCGGUAUGGGGCCAUCACCUUUGGGAAUGUCCAGAAGUCCAUCCCAGCCUCGUUUGGUGCCCGGGCCCCAGCCAUGGUGCGCAAGAUUGCCGUGCGCAGGGCAGCCCAGGUUUUCUACAACAACAAGGGCUACCACAGCAUGCCUACUUACCUCAACAGCCUCAACAAUGCCAUCCUGCGUGCCAACCUGCCCAAGAGCAAGGGCAACCCUGCGGCCUAUGGCAUCACUGUCACCAACCAUCCCAUGAACAAGACAAGUGCAAGCCUCUCCCUGGAUUAUCUGCUUCAGGGUACUGAUGUGGUCAUCGCCAUCUUUAUCAUCGUGGCCAUGUCCUUUGUGCCAGCCAGCUUUGUCGUCUUCCUGGUGGCCGAGAAGUCCACCAAGGCCAAGCAUCUGCAGUUUGUCAGUGGCUGCAACCCCAUCAUCUACUGGCUGGCCAACUAUGUGUGGGACAUGCUCAACUACCUGGUCCCAGCCACCUGCUGUGUCAUCAUCCUGUUUGUGUUCGACCUGCCAGCCUACACGUCACCCACGAACUUCCCAGCUGUGCUCUCUCUCUUUUUGCUCUAUGGGUGGUCCAUCACCCCCAUCAUGUACCCGGCCUCCUUCUGGUUUGAGGUCCCCAGCUCAGCCUAUGUCUUUCUUAUCGUCAUCAAUCUCUUUAUCGGCAUCACAGCCACAGUGGCCACCUUCCUGCUGCAGCUCUUCGAGCAUGACAAGGACCUGAAGGUUGUCAACAGCUACCUGAAAAGCUGCUUCCUCAUCUUCCCCAAUUACAACCUGGGCCAUGGGCUCAUGGAAAUGGCCUACAAUGAGUACAUCAAUGAGUACUACGCCAAGAUUGGCCAGUUUGACAAGAUGAAGUCUCCAUUCGAGUGGGACAUUGUCACCAGGGGGCUGGUGGCCAUGACAGUGGAGGGCUUCGUGGGAUUCUUCCUCACCAUCAUGUGUCAAUACAAUUUCCUGCGGCAGCCACAGCGCAUGCCAGUAUCCACUAAGCCUGUGGAGGAUGAUGUGGAUGUGGCCAGUGAGCGGCAGCGUGUUCUACGGGGGGAUGCAGACAAUGACAUGGUCAAGAUAGAGAACUUAACCAAGGUGUACAAGUCCCGGAAGCUUGGCCGCAUCUUGGCCGUGGACCGCCUGUGCCUGGGCGUGCGGCCUGGUGAGUGCUUCGGCCUCCUGGGUGUCAAUGGCGCUGGCAAGACCAGCACCUUCAAGAUGCUGACUGGUGAUGAGAGCACGACCGGGGGCGAGGCCUUUGUCAAUGGGCACAGCGUUCUCAAGGAGCUACUGCAGGUGCAGCAGAGCCUGGGGUACUGCCCACAGUUCGACGCCCUGUUCGAUGAGCUCACUGCCCGAGAGCACCUGCAGCUGUACACACGACUGCGCGGUAUCCCCUGGAAGGAUGAGGCCCAGGUGGUGAAGUGGGCACUGGAGAAGCUUGAGCUGACCAAGUAUGCAGACAAGCCAGCUGGUACCUACAGUGGUGGCAAUAAGCGGAAGCUGUCGACAGCUAUUGCCCUCAUUGGAUACCCUGCCUUCAUCUUUCUGGAUGAGCCCACCACAGGUAUGGACCCCAAGGCCCGGCGCUUCCUCUGGAACCUCAUUCUUGACCUCAUUAAGACAGGGCGCUCAGUGGUGCUGACGUCACACAGCAUGGAGGAGUGCGAGGCACUGUGCACGAGGCUCGCCAUCAUGGUGAACGGGCGACUGCGUUGUCUGGGCAGCAUCCAGCACCUGAAAAACCGGUUUGGUGAUGGCUACAUGAUAACAGUGAGGACCAAGAGUAGCCAGAACGUGAAGGACGUGGUGCGCUUCUUCAACCGGAACUUCCCUGAGGCUGUGCUCAAGGAGCGGCACCACACCAAGGUACAGUACCAGCUCAAGUCUGAGCACAUCUCGCUGGCACAGGUGUUCAGCAAGAUGGAGCAAGUGGUGGGUGUUCUGGGCAUCGAGGACUACUCAGUCAGCCAGACUACCCUGGACAAUGUGUUUGUCAACUUUGCCAAGAAGCAGAGUGACAACCUUGAGCAGCAGGAGACAGAGCCCCCCUCGGCCCUACAGUCACCCCUUGGUCGCCUGCUCAGCCUAUUCCAGUCACGGCCCACCCCUACUGAGCUCCGGGCACUUGUGGUCGAUGAGCCUGAGGACCUGGACACAGAGGAUGAGGGCCUCAUUAGCUUUGAGGAAGAGCGGGCCCAGCUUUCCUUCAAUACGGACACACUCUGCUGACCACCAUGGACAAGUUCAUGGAUACUGCACUGGGAGAGAAGCCAGACAGAAGAUGAGGCCCUUAAGCCCACCCUUAUCCCUCUGUGCCUACCCAUAAGGCCCUCAUUGGGGAGGCCCAGGACCAAGGGCUGGGUGUCACCCUUAGCCCCACCUACGUUCUCCAUCCUGCCACCCUGUGAUUGUGCCAAAGGCUGGCCCAACCCUGGGCUGCACACACACCCUCACCCUGCUUUGCCUUAAAGCCAGGGGUCUGGCCUAGCCCCUCACCUCACCCUGCCCAGCUCUGCCCACCCUGGGUCCUCUGGGGUGACACUGCCUGUGGGUACUGUCUGGGCCCACAACUUGGCUUUUCUCUGACAAGGAACUGGGACAGUGGGUGGGUGCCCAGGAGAGUCCCUCCCAGGCCUAUUUAUUUUCUUUAGGAAGAGGGUCCUGUUCUCAUGAAGGGGGUACCCCACACAUUAGCAGCCGUGGUGUGGGCCAGUAGCAGGAAUGGAGAAGUUGACUCUCUGGGCCCAGUGGGGACCAGCCUCCCUCCCCACCCACCCACCCAGCUGUUGUUGCUCUCCCUCCCAGCUUGGCCCCCCACCUGCCUACCCACCUGGGAGCCAGCCCUGUAUAUAGCACACAAAUGUUUGUUUUAAAUAAUACAAAAAAGCUUA